CCCGGAGUCAACCUGCCCGGUACACCGCCCCCCAGUGUGUCAUACUGUACUAACCGCAUGUUCAUCAUUUAAGCGCUGCUUGCACUCCGCCAAGCAUCUGACAUCCACAACACCGUUUGCACGAUAAAGGCCACCCUGCUUCGCGCACAGUCGGACUUGCAACAACAAAGACGCCGGGACGUUUUGUUCGGCUUGCCGGGAGAGUUUGGAUAUCCGCAGGUAACUGCAGUACUUCUCCGACGUUUGGUCGACAUGCUGGGGAUCUGUGUGUGUCUUUGUGCGGUUUUUGCACAUGUUCUCUCUCAGGAGGCUGAAGAGCCGAUCUCUAUUACAUGCACAGAGGGUUAUGAGUACGACAGAGUCAGAGAGCAAUGUAAAGACAUUGAUGAAUGUGCCUUGUAUGACGACGCAUGCAAAGGAGGGAUGCAGUGUAUCAACCACUUUGGUGGAUACCUCUGCCUUCCAAAGAGCGCCGUCAUCUAUAUUAGUAAGGACGGUGAGCAGGUGCCGUUGCCGGACAGUCCUGUCCCUGCUGUCCCACCAGACCAGCCUCAGCCCCCGAGGGGUCCUUCUCAAAGCAUUCGGUGCCCACCAGGAUUUGCUGCAGAUGAGCAGAACUUCUGCAAAGACAUAGAUGAAUGUGUGACAGGCAGUCACAGUUGUGAUCCCGAACAGGUGUGCUACAACACCAGAGGCUCCUAUACGUGCCAGUGUGCUCAAGGCUACCAAAGGAAUGGAGACCUCUGUGUCGACAGAGAUGAGUGUGCCACGACCCACUACUGCAUGCAAAGGUGUGUGAACACCCCAGGCUCAUACUACUGUGAGUGCAACGCAGGUUACAAGCUGGCCAGCAACAACCACAGCUGUGUUGAUGUGAAUGAAUGUGAUGCAGAAAGCCCCUGUCAUCACCACUGCUACAACCUGAUUGGCUCCUUCCUUUGCCAGUGUGACCAAGGCUACGAGCUGGCUCAAGACACGGUCUCCUGUCAAGAUAUCGAUGAGUGUGGUUUGUCCAGCUACAUGUGUCAGUACCAGUGUGUUAACAAUCCAGGAAGUUACUCUUGUGAGUGUCCACAAGGAUAUCAACUCCAGGCAAACCGGUUGUGUCAAGACAUAAAUGAGUGCGAGACGGGAACCCAUAACUGCCAAGAUGAUGAAGUGUGCUGGAACUAUUAUGGAGGCUUCCGCUGCUACCCCAGAAACCCCUGCGAGCCACCUUACACCCAAACAUCUGAAAAUCGCUGUAUCUGCCGGGCUCAGACUGAUUGCCAGGGUCUCCCACCAUCAAUUGUCUACAAAUACAUGAGCAUCCAGGCAGAGCGGACUGUGCCAGCGGAAAUAUUCCAAAUUCAAGCCACAAGCAUAUAUGCCAACACACACAACACUUUCAGGAUUAAAUCUGGGAAUGAUGGAGGGGAAUUUUUCCUUCGGCGUUCCACCAAUGUGAGUGCCAUGCUGGUGCUUACCAAGCCGUUGACGGGCCCCAGAGAGUACGUCGUGGACCUGGAGAUGAUCACUCACCAUCUGACCAUGAACUACCGCUCCAGCUCACUGCUGCGGCUCACCAUCAUCGUAGGGCCCUACGCCUUCUGAGCGGCUCAGUUCCCAACAGCGCACACAAGUCUGUAAACAUGGCAAUGUAACACAGCAGAUGCCUGUAUCAGCAUAACAUACUUUACAUUUUCAUAUACAUUCAGUAUAUAAUAUAGGCUGCCUCAGUCUCAAACAGCAGCACAGCAGUUCCAGUUGCUCAAGUCAGACCACCUUCUGCUAUAACGUGACCACUGGGCAUCUUUUUCUAUCAAGGUGUUGAUUAAGAAAGCACCAAUCUUAAAACGUAGUACUUUUUCUUUAGUAUUUUGAAAGAUUAAUCAUUUUGACAUAGUUUUGGAGUGCUUGAAGAAUAAAUGCAGUGUCUCCCCCAUAUCGUGAUUGUCUCACCUUCCUGAGAAAUCAGGAACAGAGCAGUGGCACUAAGGAAACGAGGCCUAUAGGACACACAACCUAAACCUGAUGGGUUUUUGAUGGAGCUGCACCUUCAUAUAUCCCUUUGUUCAAACUAGAAUUGCUUACAAUAACCUGUGUGUGCCUCAUUUGUAAGCUAAGAGAGAAAAAUCUAUAGAAAUGUACAUGUACACGUAUCCAGUAUGAGCAGCUUUUGACCUUGUAAAUCACAUCCUCUGUUCUGUUAAUUGUUAGGGGUUAGUACUGCUGCGCCCCGCUAUUUGUGCAAGUUUCUGUAUAGUUUGCCUCAUGAGUAAUAAUUUCCAGAGGAGUCCAGGAACAGUUCAAAAGUGUAAAGGGAGGGAAUUAGCCUGUAAGUUGAGAGAAUACUUAACUUUAUGUUACAGCAGGCCUACUCGUACAAUUUACUCCCAGGAGUUAAGUCAUGUACAUACCUAGGUAACAAAUCAGUGUGCUGACGUGUGAGAGGGUGUGAGUGUGUGUGUGUGUGUGUGUGUAUGUUUGUGUGUGCGAUUGCCUUUGUUUAUGCAUGCAAGCAAAUGUAAGUGUGAAACGCAGAGGGGAUAGAAAGGGAAAGAGUGAGAAAGAGCUUGUUCUCUGCCCCCGGGUUUGGUGGAUGUGGUCGAGCUGUUUAUGCGUUUCUGUGAUACCAUCCUAACAGCUUUCGGUCACAGAGGCAAUAACAGAGGUUUUUGAACUCGAGAACACGUACAGGAAAUGACAGUUUUCAUAAUACACCUUGGCGAAUUGACCACUUGUUGGUGCCACAGUGAUCCUCCAGAGGAACAGCUGGACUUUCUAAUGUCAGUCCCAGUCAAAGAAGUCAGGCUGGCACCAGGCUGGCUUGCGUGAUAAAGAUAAUUACAGUGUUUUGCCCUGUAGCUGGUUCAUGUGCGACACAGGGGGAUUAUUAAAGUGUUAAUACAAUGCCACCAGACUUUUGGCAGAAUGAGAAAUCUUUCACUACCUGCUUUGCCUUUUAUGAUUCCACGUGUCCACUCUGGCUUAUUGCUGAAACACUAUAAACUGUUGAUAUACAGCACUGAAAACCACAUGGACAAUCACCAUGUUGUCACCACUCUGUAGGUGUAGAAAGUUAUCCAGCUUUUCCUAAAAGCAGUGAUCAUACCGUAGUGCCUUAGAGGUAUAAACAUGAAAAUGUAACACUAAUCUUAUCAUUUAUGCUGUCAAAAAAAACCAAGAAAAACUUUAACUUUCUUCCAUGAGAUGCCUUAAUGUUUUUUUCUUUUCUAUUUAAAUAUAUAUUUUGUCAUAUGUACCUUAUAUUGAUUGUACUCUGGAGUUUAAAAGUUAUAUUGUUGAAUAAAAUAUGAUGUAUAAAUUGGG